AUGUGGUACCAAAAGUAUAGCAGGAAACAGAGUAGUCUCACUGGCUCUGAGGCUGCACCGCCUUUAAUGUGGUACCAGAAGUAUAGCAGGAAACAGAGUAGUCUCACUGGCUCUGAGGCUGCACCGCCUUUAAUGUGGUACCAGAAGUAUAGCAGGAAACAGAGUAGUCUCACUGGCUCUGAGGCUGCACCGCCUUUAAUGUGGUACCAGAAGUAUAGCAGGAAACAGAGUAGUCUCACUGGCUCUGAGGCUGCACCGCCGUUAAUGUGGUACCAGAAGUAUAGCAGGAAACAGAGAAGUCUCACUGGCUCUGAGGCUGCACCGCCGUUAAUGUGGUACCAGAAGUAUAGCAGGAAACAGAGUAGUCUCACUGGCUCUGAGGCUGCACCGCCGUUGAUGUGGUACCAGAAGUAUAGCAGGAAACAGAGAAGUCUCACUGGCUCUGAGGCUGCACCGCCGUUAAUGUGGUACCAGAAGUAUAGCAGGAAACAGAGUAGUCUCAGUGGCUCUGAGGCUGCACCGCCGCUAAUGUGGUACCAGAAGUAUAGCAGGAAUCAGAGUAGUCUCACUAGCUCUGAGGCUGCACCGCCGUUAAUGUGGUACCAGAAGUAUAGCAGGAAACAGAGUAGUCUCACUAGCUCUGAGGCUGCACCGCCGUUAAUGUGGUACCAGAAGUAUAGCAGGAAACAGAGAAGUCUCACUGGCUCUGAGGCUACCCGCCGUUAA